GAUACGUUUGACGUCUAAUUCUUCGCCCCUAGAUCUUUCAACAAUAUGUCUGGUAACCAAGAACGUACCUAUUUGAUGAUCAAGCCUGAUGGUGUCCAACGAGGACUAGUCGGCGAAAUCAUCAAGAGAUUCGAACAGAAAGGCUUCAAAUUGGUUGCACUCAAGUUUGUCCAGCCUACCGAGGAACUGUUGCAAAAACAUUAUGCCGAUUUAUCUGGUCGUCCUUUCUUUCCUGGUUUGGUUAAAUACAUGGCAUCUGGACCAGUUGUUGCUAUGGUCUGGGAGGGGUUGAAUGCAGUCAAAACUGGUCGUCAAAUGUUGGGUGAAACUAACCCUGCCGACUCCAAACCUGGUACUAUCAGAGGAGAUUUCUGCAUCCAAGUUGGAAGGAACAUUAUGCAUGGAUCUGACUCUGUUGAAAGUGCCAACAAGGAGAUUGCACUUUGGUUCAAGGACGAAGAACUUGUGUCUUGGCAGCCAGCUGAUAAAUGCUGGGUCUAUGAAGAUUAAAGUUUUUGAAUGUGUGCUCUUGAUUAGUCCAAUUUAAUGAAAUAUGAGCAUGUGAAACCAAUAAACAUUCUAUCAAAAA